GUUUUCGGUACACACUUGCUGCACCUGCAGCAGCAACACUGCUGGCGUCAGUGGCUACAACACGUCACCUAUUACAGAAAAAUCAACGCCAGUAAUACGCAACAUCAACGCUAGUAAUACGCCACAUCAACGCUAGUAAUACGCCACAUCAACGCUAGUAAUACGCCACUGCAACGUUAGCAAUACGCAACAUCAACGCUACCUAAUUCACGACCAAAUCAGCGUCCUGUGAACAUAGCUGCAAGAAGCACCACUCGCAUUAAUUGCACCAGCCUACACCUCCUACACUAGUCUGCAAUAUAGCCGCGCCACUUGCUCCAGCCUGCACCACUUGCGCCAGCCUGCACCUCUUACACCAGCCUGCGCCUCUUGCACCAGCCUGCACCACUUACACCAGCCUGCACCACUCGCACCAGCCACAUCAGCAGCCAACAUGACUCAGUACACGCCCGGCGUUCUAGUGAAGAACGUCAAGCCCGCCCCGCGCUCCAGCCUCCGUCUCCUGCUCCUAGCGUUACUGCUGUUGGCAUUACUGUUGCUGCUGUUAACGCCUGUUGUGCUGUUGGUUGAAACGUCGCUGUUCACAUCGCGCGCCGACAUGUCUGACGAAAAAUCCCUCGACCUCGCGACCAGCCUUAGUGCUUUCACCCUCGACAUGUACAAGGUUUUGUCGGAGAAAGCUCCAGAGAAAAACCUGUUCUUCUCACCACUAAGCGUGAUGACAGCCCUCAGUAUGACCCUCAUGGGCGCUAAACAAGCGUCGCGCGAUCAGCUCGCGGUUGCCCUCAAGCUUCACCCUCACUCCAACGAUGCUGUUAAAACUGCCUUCGCUGCCGCCCUUGAUGCCUUCAAUAAAAUGCCUGAAGGCGUGCAGAAGCUGUACGAACUUCAUGUCGCCAACAAUAUGUACGUCUCGCACAAGCUAGACCUCCAGCAGGAGUUUUCCGAUGCCCUGACGCAGCACUUCCAGGCCGCUGCUAAGGUGGUUGACUUCGGUGGCCAGACGGAGGCAGUGCGUCAAGAGAUCAACCAGGCGGUCGAGGAAGCAACCAAGAACAAGAUCAAGAACCUCAUACCUGAAGGCAUCCUGGACGCUUUAACGCGUUUGGUGCUCGUGAAUGCCGUCUACUUCAAGGGGCUCUGGACGAAGCCGUUUGACAAAGCCCGGACGCAAGACUUGCCUUUCUACACUGAUGAGACUAACAGUGUCAAUGUCCCCAUGAUGAAGGCCAAAGAGGAGUACAGAUACAUGAUUAGGAAGGAUCUCGAAGCUACCGUGCUCGGCAUGGACUAUCAGGGCGGCAACCUAAGCCUGGUUAUCGUGCUACCAGACAAGCGUACGGGUCUGGCAGAGGUAGAGCGCAGGCUACAGGGGGUGGACCUACGCGAGCUCUUCGACUCGGGGCGAAAAGUUAAGGUGGAAGUGACCAUCCCGCGCUUCAAGCUGGAGUACUCCGAGGAUCUCGUCGCACCUCUUAAGUCGUUGGGUGUGAGCAACAUGUUCGGGUCUUCAGCGGAUCUGAGCGGCAUAGGAGGGCUGCCCGGCGACCUCUACGUCUCCAAUGUGCUGCACAAAGCCUUCAUCGACGUCAACGAGGAGGGCAGUGAAGCCGCCGCUGCCACGGCCCAGGUGAUCAUGGCCCGUAUGGCGAUGGUGCGCACCAUUCCGCCGUUCGUAGCGGACCAUCCCUUCGUAUUCCUCCUGCAGGAUCUGCAAUCCGGAAUUACGCUCUUCGCCGGACGGUAUUCCCGCCCGGACGCUCUGCCACCCAAACAAGAACUUUAACUUUGAAAUGUUUCUUAUUUUGAUAUAUAAAUCGAAUAAAUUACUGUGGUAUAGGAUGUCCUUCUCUGUAAACAGGACUCUGAGUAUUAUUAAUAUAAAUAAAGAAAGUUUUUUACUGCUGCAAAUUAAGUCCUUCCCUUCUUGAUGGCAUCUAAUACCAACUAAAAUAAUAAUAAUAUUCAAUUCAUAUAUUAACGUCUUUAUUAUGUGGUGUGUGUAGCUUCAAAUCUCUGAACGAAGAACUCUAAAAUGUUAGUAUUUUUAUACGAAAUAAAUGCAUUUUCGAUUCCCAUUAAAGUGUGAAGAUAUAAAUUAAUUUCUAGAUUUUCCUGUGUGUGAGGAACGUUUGAAAGGAACAUAUUGUUGCAAACUUAUUAUAAAAUGAAAUUUUGCAAAUUUCGUUUCAUUCGUCAGCAACAUUUGGCGAAGAUAUGAAUUUCCAAAAUUCUAAAACAUGAGUUUUAUUAGGCCUAGUAAUGCAUUUUAUUGCCCAAUGCAAUUUGCCCAUUCAUUGGGCUAUGAAUGCUUUGUCCGAUAUAAACAAGAAAUUAAAAUGUUCUCUUCUCACCAAUGUAGGAAAAGGAGACAAUAUUCUUGAUGUAUCGAAAAUAGUUCGAAACAUUUUGAUACAUUAAUCGAAAAUUAAAAUUUUUAAGCAUAGUUCAUUUGAAAAGGGUUUCAACUGUUGUAAAUUAAAUCUAGAACAAAACUAAAAAUGAAUUAUAUCUCCAUUCAGUGUAAAUCGAUAGAGAAAAUAAUGGAAUAUUGGAUAUGGAUAUAGAAAUACUGCAUUCCCACUAUACCUUCUCUUGCGUAAUAAAUUUUUGCAAACUUCA